AUGGCUCUCGUGCAAAGAUAUGGAAAACCUGAUAUAUUCUUGACCAUGACUUGCAAUCCGUCUUGGAAAGAAAUCAAAGAUAAAUUGCUUCCAAAUGAAAAACUGCAUGAUAGGCCAGUGGUAAUCGCAAGGGUUUUCAAAGCAAAGCUUGCAGAGCUCAAAGAUGAAAUUGUCAGAAAAAAGACUUUUUGUUUUUAUCCAUGCUAUAAAAGAAGAGAUGAUGGCAAGACAGUAGUUGUGCGCAAAGUCCAUUUGGAUAACAGACACAUUGUUCCUUAUUGUCCGUAUCUACUUGCAAAGUAUGAUUGUCACAUUAAUGUCGAGAAAUGUUCAAAUAUCAAGUUAGUUAAAUACUUGUACAAAUACAUCUACAAAGGACAUGAUAAGAUGGCAUAUCACGUGGUUGGCAAUGAAUCUCACGGUUCAUACGAUGAGAUUCACGCUUUCCAAGACGGACGUGCAUUUGCCAAAUCACCAACCUUUGCGCUUCGGCCUCCAUCAGUCCUUGGAGCAACUUCUGCAAAAUCCUUUAUCGUCAAAGACUAUGUUAACCGAAUUCUUUUGGAUGAAUUCCAAUGA